AUGAAGUUUGAGAACGUUCUAGAUGAUAUUAAUGGAUUUGGAAGAUUUCAGAUAAUGAUUAUUGUGAUCAGCUUCAUCGGCCGCUUCACUCUGCCCUGCCACUUUAUGCUGAGCAACUUCAUAGCUGCUGUUCCCGCACACUACUGUGACAUCAGCUCUCUGGAUGACCGAGAUGCUUUCAGGAAUUUAUCCCAGGCAGAGAGGCUGGUUGUUAGUAUUCCAGUCCAGGAGGAUGGGACUCCAGACUCCUGUCUGAUGUUUGCAGAGCCUCAGUAUCAGCUGCUGCUAAACUCCUCCAACACGACUGCGCUACCCACAGUGCCAUGCCAGAACGGAUGGGUGUACGAUAACACCACCUUCAAGUCUACUCUGACAUCACAGUGGGACCUGGUGUGUGAUGGAAGAGGCAAAAACAAAGCGACUGCUACCAUCUUCUUUCUUGGAGUGAUGUUCGGGGCCAUGACCUUUGGAAGUCUGAGUGACAAGUAUGGCCGAAGGAUUAUGCUGCUGGUGUCCUAUGUGUCUGCACUGCUCUUUGCUGUUGCGAGUGCUUUUUCUACAUCCUACCUGAUGUUUGCAGCGCUGAGGUUCUUCACUGGGUUCUGCAUCACCGGCAUCAUCAUCGUCUCAACAGUCCUCAGUGUGGAGUGGGUGGACAUCAAGCACAGGAAACUGGUCGGAGUGAUCGACAGCUUAUCCUGGACUUUUGGGAACACAAUAUUUGCAGCUAUUGCAUACUUUGUGACUGAUUGGCGGUGGCUAAUUGUCAGUGUCACCUCACCUCUCAUCUUGGCCAUCAUUACCUGGAGGUGGAUGCCUGAGUCGGCAAGGUGGCUCAUUGCCAAUGGAAAGCUGGAGCAGGCUCAGUUGUAUCUGAAGAAGUGUGCCAAGAUGAACCGAACAGAGGAUUUAGUUCACACACUUAAAACAGAGACACUAUCCACUAUUGUUGUGACUGAGAAAAGAGAUCGGCCCUAUUCUUACCUCGAUCUCAUACGAACACCCAAAAUGAGGAAACUGAUGCUACGUACUGGUGCAGUCUGGUUUUGUGUGGCGAUUACAUUUUAUGGCAUCAGCUUCAACAUCACAGGCUUUGGGCUCAAUAUCUACCUCACUCAGUUCACCUAUGCUGUGGUAGAGCUCCCAGCCAAAAUAUCAGUGUAUUACUUACUGGAUAAGAUAGGCAGACGAUCCACUGAGGUGGGAGCUCUGCUGCUGGCUGGCAUCUGUCUUGGAAUUAAUGUUGUAGUACCUAAAGAUAUGCCUGUUGCCAGGACAGUGGUGGCAAUCAUCGGAAAAGGGUUUUCCUCAGCAUCCUUUGCAACUAUUGUGCUCUACAGUUCUGAGCUGUACCCCACUGUCAUUAGGCAGAAUGGCAUGGGUUAUAACUCCUUCAUGGCUCGAUUUGGUGUAGCUGUGGCUCCUUUAAUUCUCUUACUGGAGGAGGUGUGGAAGGACCUGCCGCAGGUCGUCCUGUGCUCUACGGCUAUACUGGGGGCAAUUGUGGCAAGAACGCUGUCAGAGACACGCAACAGGUGCUUGCCGGAGACCAUCGAGGAUAUUGAAAAGCCGUGGUAG